AUGCCGGCACGUGUAGCAUUUAGGAGAAUGCUCCCCCGUGCAGGGUUUGUGGCCAGCAGUGCGGCAAUCGGAUUUUCAGCCAGCUACAGCAGCGAUCGUGCCUUCGACUACAUGAUGGGCCCGACAAAACUUCGCUCCAAACGAAGUCCUUUGAUGAAAGCCAUUGAACCGACAGCCUUUGUCAUGCUUUAUCGGCAUUUUAAACCAAGCUGGCAGACAAUGUGUGCUAUAUGUGUCUACCAUUGUUACAGCGGUUUUUGCCAAGGUUUUUGCACCGCCAUCUUCAAUGGCUGCAAAAGAGCAUGGGACGAGAUCAAAACAGAUAACGAGGCGGCCUUGGAAACCAAGACCUAA